GGGUGACUGAUCAGAGCCCCAGGACCAGGACUGAUCCCCAUCUGCAGAGAAGUGAAAAUGGAACCAAGUGAAAGCAAUUCUGAGCCUCAGAGCAUGUGUCCUAUUGUGUAAAUCCUUUUGAGUUCAACUAGCAGUUGGUAAUUAUGGCCGGUUAUUCCAAAGAAGAACUUGAUGAACAGUUUGAACGGUUUCUGAAGGAGGAUCUUUCGGAUGACUCCAUUGAAAGCUCGAAGACACCAAGUGUUCUGGAGUCCCUUGGGAAGCCAAGGAAAAGGAAAUCGAAGAAAAAAGAUCCAGCGCCGUGGUGGAUAACUGAGGAUGAUUCUGAUGAUGGCGGUGGCUCACCAAUUCCUGCUGCCAUUUUUGAACUUGAGAAAAAUGCAAUCUUAAACAACAAAGGAGGAAAUGUCUCUGACCCUCCAAACAGAAAAGGAGUUCUUGGAGCCAGUGGGCACUUCUUGAAAUCACAGAAGACUUCGCAGCCUAUGGUGAAGACUGUGGUGGAAGAAUCUGCUGAAAUAAUGCAACUCCACAAAAGCAGUGGGACAUCCAACCUAAGCAGAGACAGCUUGGAAACAAAUGAUUCAAUUUUGGCUUCUGGGCCCAAUCACAGUGCUUUUGGAAUUGGACUGGAUACAUUGGAAGAACAAGAAGCGAAGGAAAGAUUUUUGGCUAGAUUUCAAAAAGGCAUCACAUCUACCAUUGAUUAUUCAGGAGUAAACAAAGAACUGGAUUCAAACAGCCCAACACAGUUUAAAGGUUUUUUUCGAAAUUAUGUAAAAUCACCCGAAGAAGAAAAUGAGGAUGACUCUAAACUCGAAGAGAUAUCAGAAAAGUAUAGUGACGACUUUGAAGAAGGAGAUGCUAUUGCGUUUUUGACUACUGAAGAUGAAGAGAGUGAAGCCAAGCAAACUCCCAAAUCGAUAGAAAACAAAGCUAUUCCAACACAGGAAGAAGAAAAAACUGGCAUGCUGGCUAAAGUCGUACUGCUCGAUUCAUUAGACUCAGUCGCAGACUCUCCUGUUUCCCGACAAGGCAGAACAACCCCUGAAUUACCAGCACACCCAGAAGCCAUCAUUGAUAGUGAAAUGGCAGGAACAGGUGGUUCUUAUGGACAAACCAACAGUGACAUUGAGGCACUGCAGCAGGCAUAUUAUCAUAUUGAUCAGUCUCUGGGAGAUACAGAUGAACAAAGAAUUCAAAGCAGUGCAAUAGAAAAUGCCACGGGCUCUGAAGCUGUUCCUCAAGACAGUGAAAAGUGUUCAAAACAUAUCUCUACUACUGAAUCUGACUUGCCCACCGUGGAGGAACUGAUGAAGCCUAUCAAAGCGGAUUCACUUUUUGGCAGAGGUUUUAACCUGCGACCUGCCAGUCCAAACAGAUCGACUGACCAUUUACCACGUGAGGAGAGUCUGAAUGAAGUGGCUCAGGAAAAGCAGCAUUUAGAUUAUUGCCUUGAAAAAAAGAAUGAGAAGAAUCCAUUAUUACAAACAGCAGGGAAUGAAGCUAGUGAAGAAAGCUAUCAGAGAACGGCUGUUGAGGAAGAAAAGAUGGAUAAAAUGUAUCUUGAUAUUCUGAGAAAAAAGUUGUCCUUAGUGUCACAACAAGAAAACAAGAAUAAUCAAGGCUUUGGAUCACGACCCAGCUCUAGGGAGAAGGAUGCUGCGGAUACUAUGGUCAGCAAACAAACAACAUACAAAAAGAUCAAGGGUAUUCCGGUAUUUUGUAAUAAAAAGCCUCAAAGUGGCCUUUAUGGAUCAGUUAAGAGCUCUGGGUACGGUAAAUCAAAUUCACCAUUCAAACCGUUUUCUACUGUCAGUGAAAAAAAAGCAUCAAAGGACGUAAUGAAAAAGGCAAGCCUGAAAAUGAGAUCUCCUCCAGAUAAAGCAAGGCAAAAAGAAACAUUCUCUACAACAAAAGUAAUCCGGUCGGCUACUGCAGCGAGACCAUCUCUGAAAUCUGACAGUCUAGUAGCUGCUGAAGCCACCAAACUGACGGCUGAUGACCUCCUAUUGCAGGCUGUAGCAAAAGUAGACUCUUCUAGGCCGGGGGAACAUGAUCCCUUGUUACCCCCAGGUGGAAGCCGGGAGAGAGAAUUAUACAUGCUGAAAAGAGUUCAAGAAGCGGAGGAGAAAUGGAAUGGGGCACAGACAGUAAUUGAGCAGAUUAAAGCCACCUUCCAACAGAAAGAGAUAGAGCUGGUGAAUAAGAUGGAAGAAAUGAAAGGAAAACAAGAAAAAGAAAUUCUGCGGCUGAGUCAAGAAAAUUAUAUACUGCAAACCAAGGUGAAUAAUUUUGAAGAGACAAACAAAAAACCGAAGUUCCUGUCCUCUGGUGAAGCAGUCGGUCUUGUCACUGAAGAAAAGUUGCAGCAAAUCCAAAAAGAAAUUGAAGAACAAGAGGUCCUUCUUAAAGGAUAUCAGCAGGAAAAUGAAAGAUUAUAUAAGCAAGGGAAAGAACUCCAUGCACAAAACAAGGCCAAUGAGGAAAGGAUGUUUAAAGAAAAUCAGUGUCUAUUGAACGAAUUGGCUUCUCUGAAAGAACAGCUACAUAAAAGCACCUUCCCAUCUCAAGUAGCUCAGGAUCCAGAGCCACAGAGAAACAUGAGUUUUACAGAACUGCUGACAGACCUUCGAGCAGUCCAGAAAGAAAACAGCAAUUUGCUAGAAGAACUGAAACGACUAAAGCAAGACAAACAAGCCCUUGAAGUGGACUUGGGCCAGAUGAAGAGAGAGAGAGACCUGGCUAAGGAUCAAGUUGUUUACAUUUCAGAUGAGACAGAGUAUAAGAUAAAGAUUGUGGAAGAAACCCACAAACAAGAAAUCAGCCGUCUGCAGAAGAGAUUGCAGUGGUACGCCGAAAACCAGGAUCUUCUGGAUAAAGACGCAGCUCGACUUAGAGAAGCCAAUGAAGAAAUUGAGAAACUCAAACUUCAGGUUGAGAAGCUGAAAACAGAAGCCGGGGAUCAGUCUGCGCAACAGAAGGUACGCCUAAAGGACAGAGCGGUCGAUGCUAAAAAAAUUCAAGAUCUUCAACGACAGGUUAAAGAAAUGGAAGGAAUUCUUAAAAGGAGAUAUCCAAAUUCCUUGCCUGCCUUAAUCUUUGCGGCAUCUGCAGAAGGAGAUGGAGACAUUUCUGCCAAAAACAGAGCUGAAUUUAUGGAAAAAAGAGUUAGAAAAUUGGAGGCUGAUCUUGAGGGCAAAGAUGAAGAAGCAAAGAAAAGUCUCCGAACCAUGGAACAGCAGUUUCAAAAAAUAAAGAUUCAAUAUGAGCAGAGAAUAGAAGAGCUUGAGCAGCUACUUUCACAUAAGUUAAUGGAGGAGCCGCCAAAACGAAGCAACAGCCCAGCCCACGUUAAGGCCCUGGAGCAAGAGCUUUGUGACGUGAAGGAAGCCCAUCAGAUCACUGUAAGAAACCUCGAAGCUGAAAUAGAAGAACUUAAAAAGCAAAAUGCCCAGUUAGAUCGCCAGAAAAAUGAAAGAGGGGAUCAAGAUUUCCAGGCGAUAGAAUUCCAAGUAGAACAAGCCCACGCAAAGGCCAGACUGGCAAGACUCAAUCAAGAAUUAGUUGCCAAAGGCAAAGAAAUUCAAGACCUUACCAAAACAGUGGAGAGACUGCAAAGAGAGAGAAGAAGAAUGUUGUCUGAUCCGAACACAUGUGGCAGAAUAAGCAGUCAGGAAAAAUCUGCCAAGAAGAUGAAGAAAGAGGUUUCUUCUGGAAACAAAUGGAAAUCAAACAUCGCCGAACCUUUCUCAGGAGCUAUGGAUAACAAACUCUACCAGCCGCAGGCCUUUGCCGAUUCCCAUGUUUCAGAAAUUUUACAAGAAAACUCCACGUUAAAAGAUAAGCUAGAGAAACUCACUUUGGAGAUGAGUGAACAGAAAGUGAAGUCUGAAGCAGCAUUGGUUCAUUCUGAAGAUACUUUGAGAAGGACCAGAGAAGAAACAGCGGAACACCUGGCAUCCCUAAAAGCCGCUCAUCAGAGGGAAGUAGAGAAGCUUAUCUGCCAGCACGCCAUUGAAAAUUCUUCCUCCAGGGUAGCCGAACUAAAUCGUAAAGUAGCAACUCAAGAGGUCUUCAUCACACAUCUCCAAGAACAAGUUAAUGAGCUACAGCGAUGUCAAGAGGCCCUGGCUGUUUCUCAGGUUCGAGAGGAAGUCCUCCAGAAAGAGAUGACAAAACUCUUAGAAGAACUGCGCAAAGCCGAAGAAAGUCACACUCCUGAGAUGAAACAUUUCCUGGGCCUGGAAAGGAAACUCAAACUCAUGGAAAUCAGACACACACAAAGAGAGCAAGAACUCCAGCAGAUCAUACAGCAGACAAGGCAGGUAGUUGAAGCUGAGCAGAUCAAGGAAAUGGAAAAGUGGAAAAGGCUCGCACAGCUAAAGAAUCAAGAGCUGGAAAAAUUUCGGGUGGAAUUGGACUCAAUACUAGAUGUCCUCCAGGAACUGCACAGACAGGGAGUUGUUAUUCCAGUUCCCUUUUCCCACGGUUCCAACCCUGUGGAAUUCUGCUGGAAACCCUGAUCCCCGAGGCCUCAGCGAAGGAGCAGCGGUGGGCCAGAAGAACGGCACUGGAAAGGAGGAGUCGGGACUAUCCGCACUAAUUUCCACAACAAGCCUGGAGCAAAACAAGGUAGCUAUUUUCCAUGACAAAUGUUAGCUAAUCACUACCUUGGUGUUUCUGGGAAGCGAGGCCACUUUUGCCAGAUGAUUAUGGAAAUGGCUGGAUUUUGUUUACUCUGAAGAGGAUCUAUUUUUUAUUGUAAGGGAUUGAAAUAAAUAUAUUUUUGUUACA